AUUGGAAAACAAGGUAAGCCGAAUUCGAAGCCUUUGGACCCGUUUCUGUUCCAUUCUUUCUUCUCUGCCUCAUUUAAGCUUCUCCUUCCAUUGUUUCUUUCUUCUCCUUCAAAAUAUAAUCUUUUGGUUUGCAGAAACGUACCAAAAAAUGGCUGACGGUGAAGACAUUCAACCUCUUGUUUGCGACAAUGGAACUGGAAUGGUUAAGGCUGGUUUUGCUGGGGAUGAUGCACCUCGAGCUGUGUUUCCCAGCAUUGUUGGUCGUCCACGUCACACCGGCGUGAUGGUUGGUAUGGGACAAAAGGAUGCUUACGUUGGAGAUGAAGCUCAAUCCAAACGUGGUAUUCUAACUCUCAAGUACCCUAUUGAGCACGGCAUUGUCAACAACUGGGACGACAUGGAGAAGAUCUGGCAUCACACUUUCUACAACGAGCUCCGUGUUGCUCCCGAAGAGCAUCCCGUUCUCCUCACCGAAGCACCUCUCAACCCUAAAGCUAACCGUGAGAAGAUGACCCAAAUCAUGUUUGAGACAUUCAAUGCCCCGGCCAUGUACGUGGCUAUUCAGGCUGUGCUCUCCCUUUACGCCAGUGGUCGUACAACCGGUAUCGUGCUUGACUCUGGAGAUGGUGUGAGCCACACGGUUCCUAUCUACGAGGGCUAUGCACUUCCACAUGCCAUCCUACGUCUUGAUCUUGCGGGUCGUGACCUUACGGACGCGUUUAUGAAGAUCCUAACCGAGCGUGGCUACUCUUUCACCACCACAGCAGAGCGUGAAAUUGUCAGAGACAUAAAGGAGAAGCUCUGCUACAUUGCUCUUGACUACGAGCAGGAGCUAGAGACAUCCAACACAAACUCGUCUGUUGAGAAGAACUACGAGAUGCCUGAUGGACAAGUGAUCACCAUCGGUGCUGAGCGGUUCCGUUGCCCUGAGGUUCUUUACCAGCCGUCUAUGAUUGGUAUGGAGAAUCCAGGUAUCCAUGAAACAACCUAUAACUCCAUAAUGAAGUGUGAUGUCGACAUCAGAAAGGACUUGUAUGGUAACAUCGUCCUCAGUGGUGGAACAACAAUGUUCCCUGGAAUUGCUGAUAGAAUGAGUAAGGAGAUCACUGCUUUGGCUCCAAGCAGCAUGAAGAUCAAAGUUGUUGCACCUCCUGAGAGGAAAUACUCUGUCUGGAUUGGAGGGUCCAUCUUGGCUUCACUCAGUACCUUCCAGCAGAUGUGGAUUGCAAAGGCUGAGUAUGAUGAGUCAGGCCCAUCUAUUGUUCACAGGAAGUGCUUCUAAGUAUGAACUUCAUCAUGUUUCAGACAAGAAGCGAGUUACUCUUUGUUUUUCUGUUCUUUUAUUUUCAUCUUAUUGAGUUCAACUGUCUUUUGAGUUAAUAAUGAUUUUUUGUUUUUUGGAACAAAAGAAGAGAGCUAAUAAUGAUUAAUGACACAUCUUUCUCUUUAUAAA